AUGGCGCACAAAUUCGUCCUCACAGCCUUCCUCACAGGCUCACGUAUCCUCGGCCGGUCCUUCAUGGCCGCCUACCGACAAGCCCAAGCCUCAUCGCAGUACCAGCGUGCGCAAGCAAAGGCCGGCGGCGUCAGCGCCUCAGGCCGCGCCUCUCUAACGGCGGGCAUGACCCUGGAAGAAGCCUGCCGCAUCUUGAACGUCAAGCCCCCCGCCAACGGCCAGGCCAACGUCGAGGAGGUGCUCGAACGGUACAAGCGGCUGUUUGACUCAAACAACCCGGAUAAGGGCGGCAGCUUCUACCUGCAGAGCAAGAUUGUACGCGCAAAGGAGCGAUUCGAGGCGGAGCUCGGACCCAUACGGGAAAAGGCUGAGAUGGAAGCUGAAGCGAAGGAGGGGUGGAAGCCCAAGAUUUACAAGGAUGAAUGA